GCCAAAAAGGCAUCGGACGUUACCCGCCUUCAAUUCGGCGUUCAGAAUCCUGGAGUCCCGCUACCUCCAGGUGUAGUGCGAGGCCAAGACCCGCAGCACUUUCCAGUACCCGCCUCGCAAGCGGAGGAGCUAGAAGAAGACGGAGUCACCUUGGUCAGAGGCGCCCUCAAGGACUGGGUUGACUUCUUGCGGAGCGUCACAGACCAUCAGGUGGAGCAUCCGCAUUUCUGGUCGUUAGUCGGAAGAGGUGGCGAUAGUUAUGACUACAUCCAGCGCAAUGUUUGGAUGACCAACGAUGGGUUCAGAGAUUUCAUGUACUACUCGCCACUGACGCACAUCAUUGCUCAACUGGCAAAGACGGAAGAGGUUCGACCAACCACCGACGUGUUGAUUGUCAAUCCGAAUGAUGGAAUUGGAUGGCACCAGGACAACCAGAACGGCCCCAUAGAGGCGGACUACGCGAUCCGCUGGUGGGUGGCUAUGGAUAAGUGCGGAGAGGGCAAGGUUGGCGUGCCCGAGUACCUGCUUGGCUCCCACCGCAACACUUCCGUGUCUGACGCGGUAGCCGUUGACCUAUCCUCUGGGGAUCUUGCGCAGUUCAGCAAGUGCACUGACUACGUGGUAGAACCCGGCGACCUCAUCGUCUGGAAUACCCGGACGAUUCAUCAAAUCCGCCCCCAUCCGUCAGGACAGUGGCCCGAAGGCACUCAGCGGCGGGCUCACAGUGGCACCAUGGCUUGCAAAGGAGCUCUUUACUCCUCCCGUGGGGCCGCAAGCUCCAUCAGCGACGUGGCGGGUCAUUCGCUGGAGCCAGGGCAGGUCAUUGGAGGCCCCUACUUCCCGCAGCUGUACCCAAAGCGGAUUGCCGAGGAGGAGCUGCCGCGAACGCGCGGGGAGCUUCUCAGCCGCUCUCCCGCCGGCCUCGCUCGAAACCUACAGCCGCUGCUGGACCGACUCGUGGGUUCCGACGGCUUCGUCGCCAAGACUUACCAGCGCUGA